GAUGUGGUAAAUGUAGCCAAGCUCUUCUCUACCUAGGAGACAUUCUCCCCUGAGGAGCAGUCCCCUUUUGCUGGACAUGCUUACAGAACUGCACAGCCAUGGACCUCAAGGAGAAGUGUCAGGAUGAGAUGACCUCAAGUUUGGGCCUUACCACAAAGAAAGCCCUCAUGAUCCUGAGAGACCAAUUGUCAGCACUGCUGGAGGGGCAUCAGAAGGAACGGAAAAAAGGGACGUCGUGGAAGGAGGUGUGGAGGAGCAGUUUCCUGUACCAUGGUAACCGCUGCUCCUGCUUCCACUGGCCUGGUGCGUCUCUGAUGCUGCUGGCAGUGCUGUUGCUGCUAUGCUGCUAUGGGAGCCAGCCACAGGGGAGCCAAGGUGCUGAGAUAGUCAAUGCACUGGCACUCUUCCUCCUGCUCCUCUUGGAUCUCCUCAUGAUUGGGCGUCAAGAGAGGCUGAAGUGCAGAGAGGUGGAGAGGAGGCUUCAGACCAUUGUUGAUAAGAUAAACGAUACACUUGGCAAAGAGGUGAAAUGGCCAGACUCCAUGUACCCUGACCUUCACAUGCCUUAUGCCCCAUCCUGGUCCCUUCACUGGGCCUACAGGGAUGGGCAUCUUGUCAAUCUGCCUGUGAGCCUCUUGGUAGAAGGAGAUGUUGUUGCUUUGAGGCCAGGCCAGGAGUCAUUUGCUUCUCUGAGAGGGAUUAAGGAUGAUGAGCACAUAGUUCUGGAGCCUGGAGAUCUGUUUCCACCCUUCUCACCCCCGCCCUCCCCAAGGGGAGAAGUGAAGAAGGGCCCUCAGAAUCCUCAGCUCUAUCGUCUCUUCCGUGUGUUGAAGACCCCAAUAAUUGAUAAUGUCAGGUGGUGCCUGGAAAUGGCUCUGUCACGGCCUGUGACAGCCCUGGAUAAUGAGAGGUUCACUGUACAGUCAGUGAUGCUGAAAUACGCUGUCCCUAUUGUGCUGGCUGGAUUCCUGAUCACCAACGCCGUGCGUUUCAUUUUCCAAGCUCCUGGAAUUGCUUCCUGGCAGUACACUCUUCUUCAGCUGCAGGUGAAUGGUGUCUUGCCCAUCCUUCCACUGCUCUUUCCUGUCCUGUGGAUUCUUGCUACAGCUUUUGGAGAAGCCAGAGUGUUGGCCCAGAUGAGCAAAGCCUCAUCCACCUCACUGCUUGCUAAGUUUUCAGAGGACACUCUCAGCAGCUACACAGAGAUGGUAUCUUCUCAGGAAAUGAUACGUUGUAUCUGGAGCCACUUCCUCUGUGUUUUAAAAGGCAAAUCCCCAACUCUGAGCUUCACUUCCAGCUUGCUCCACAGUCUGGGAUCUGUCACUGUGCUCUGCUGUGUAGACAAGCAGGGGAUUCUUUCCUGGCCAAACCCCAGCCCAGAGACUGUUCUGUUCUUCAGUGGGAAGGUGGAACCACCUCAUGACAGCCACGAAGACCUGACUGAUGAGCUCUCCACACGGUCCUUCUGCCAUCCUGAGAUGGAAGAUGAGCCCCAUGAAAGAGAUGCUUUGCUCUCUGGCCCCCUGGCAGACACAGUGCACAUGGCCAGUGAACAAGAGAGGAACAACUGGUCUGGUGAUGCUCCAAAGGCUCCUGAAGCCUCUGCUCACCGGAAGCCGAACAGCAGAAGCAAACACCCCUCUGGAUCCAACGUGAGCUUUAGCAAGGACACGGAGGGUGGAGAGGAGGAGCAUACUCAGGUAAGACUUACCGAGGGGCACGAGGUGUUGGCUUGUGAGGCUGAAGACUUUGUGUGUGACUACCACCUGGAGAUGCUCAGCCUGUCCCAAGACCAGCAGAACCCUUCCUGCAUCCAGUUUGAUGACUCCAACUGGCACAUGCACCUGAAUUCCCUGAAGCCUCUGGGCCUGAACGUGCUGCUCAACCUGUGCAACGCCAGCGUGACUGAGCGGCUGUGCCGCUUCUCCGACCACCUCUGCAAUAUCGCCCUGCAGGAGACUCACAAUGCUGUGCUGCCUGUCCAUGUGCCCUGGGGCCUCUGUGAGCUUGCCAGGCUGAUAGGUUUCACACCAGGUGCUAAAGAUCUUUUCAAGCAGGAGAACUAUUUGGCUUUGUACCGCUUGCCAAGUGAUGAAAUGGUUAAGGAAACCAUCCUGGGGAAGCUUUCAUCCAUCACCAAGAGGAGACCCCCCCUGAGCCACAUGAUUAACCUGUUUGUGAAGGACACCACUACCAGCACUGAGCAGAUGUUUUCUCAUGGGACAGCUGACAUCAUCCUUGAGGCCUGCACUGACUUUUGGGAUGGUACUGAUAUCUACCCCCUCUCUGGCUCUGACAGGAAGAAGGUGCUGGAUUUCUACCAGCGAGCCUGCCUGUCAGGAUACUGCUCUGCCUUUGCAUACAAGCCGAUGCACUGUGCCUUGUCCUCCCAGCUCAAUGGCAAGUGCAUAGAGCUGGUGCAGGUGCCGGGGCAGAGCGCGAUCUUCACGUGCUGUGACCUCCCUGGGACCACUCCCAUCAAACAGAGCAGCCGGAGGAACAGCUGGAGCUCAGAUGAAGGGAUUGGGGAAGUGAUGGAGAAGGAAGACUGUAUCCAGGCUCUGAGUGGACAGAUCUUCAUGGGAAUGGUCUCAUCUCAGUAUCAGGCCCGCCUCGACAUUGUCCGCCUCAUUGAUGGAUUGGUCAAUGCCUGCAUUCGUUUUGUCUACUUCUCCCUGGAAGAUGAGCUCAAAAGCAAGGUGUUUGCUGAGAAAAUGGGUCUGGAGACUGGCUGGAAUUGCCACAUAUCCUUAACACCCAAUGGUGAUGUGCCUGGCUCAGAGAUCCCCCCCUCCAGCCCCAGCCAUGCUGGCUCCCUGCACGAUGACCUCCAUCAGGUUUCUCGAGAUGAUGUGGAGGGGCUUCUGCUGAUGGAGGAGGAAGGGCACUCGGAUCUCAUCAGCUUUCAGCCAACAGACAGUGAUAUCCCCAGCUUCCUGGAGGACUGUAACAGGGCCAAACUUCCCCGGGGGAUCCACCAGGUGAGACCUCACCUGCAGAAUAUUGACAACGUGCCUUUGCUGGUGCCCCUGUUCACAGACUGCACCCCAGAGACCAUGUGUGAGAUGAUCAAGAUCAUGCAGGAGUACGGGGAGGUGACCUGCUGUCUGGGAAGCUCUGCCAACCUUCGGAACAGUUGUCUCUUCCUGCAGAGCGAUAUCAGUAUAGCCCUAGACCCUCUCUACCCAUCCCGCUGCUCCUGGGAGACCUUUGGCUAUGCCACCAGCACCACCCUGACCAAUGGCUCUGAGGAGCUCACCCCACUGCAGCUCUCAGGGCAGCUCAACAGCCUGCCCUGCUCCAUGUCCUUCCGCCAAGAAGAGAGCACCAGCAUCAUCAGGCUCAUAGAGCAGGCCAGGCAUGCGACGUAUGGGAUCCGCAAGUGUUUCCUCUUCCUGCUGCAGUGCCAGCUGACCUUGGUUGUCAUUCAGUUCCUCUCCUGCCUGGUGCAGCUGCCCCCCAUCCUCAGUACCACAGACAUCGUGUGGCUCUCCUGUUUCUGCUACCCACUGCUCAGUAUCUCGCUCCUGGGCAAGCCUCCCCACAGCUCCAUCAUGACCAUGGCAACAGGAAAAAACUUGACUUCCAUUCCCAAGAAGACUCAGCACUACUUCCUGCUCUGCUUCCUGCUGAAAUUCAGCCUGACCAUCUGCUCCUGCCUCAUCUGCUUCGGGUUCACCCUGCAUGAGUCCUGCAAAGGGGUGAACACCACCAGCCUCAACCUCACAGCCUGCUCCUCCAUCAUGCUGCACAGCAAUGCUUAUGGUGCUCCUGACUGGUUUGGGACGUUUUCCAAUGCUCUCCUGGUAGCCCAGAAGCUCACAGCUGGCCUGAUUGUUUUACACACAGUGUUCAUAUCCAUCACCCACGUCCAUCGCACCAAGCCCCUGUGGAAGAAGAGCCCCCUCUCUAACCGUUGGUGGACGCUCACUGUGGCUGUUGUAGUGCUGGGGCAAGUGGCACAGACUGUGCUGGACCUGAAACUCUGGGAAAACCUCAACUCUUCUUUGACCUUUAACCAUGUCUCCAUCUCUCCGGUCUCAUGGCUCCUGGGUUUUCUUUCCUUGGUCCUUGUGGUUAUCAUCAAUGAGAUUGUCAAGCUGCAUGAAAUCAGGGUCCGUGUCCGUUACCAAAAGAGGCAGAAGUUGCAGUUUGAAACCAAGCUGGGAAUGAAUUCACCAUUUUAAAAGCACCCAAGCUCAAGUUCCCUGGAGCCAGGGCCAAACAGCCACUGGGAGAGUGGCUGCACCAAAGGCUCGGGGAGUUUUCUGUCACACAUGCAAACCAGACAGCCUUCUGGCAAAACUACAUCUGCACCUUCCCAGGGCCCCAGGCAGGGAUCCCUCCACAGGUAUUCAGCCCCUUCCCAGGCUGCCAGGUACCCUCACAGGAACCUGCAAGCUCUGGUGCUUGUUCAGGCUGCUCUUUAUUUAUUUAUUACUAGAGGUAUUCGUUAGUAUCAUGGUGAUGCUAAAACGAAGCGGCUCCUUUUCUCUUUGUGAGCAGAUGGGUUUCCUGGGCCUGGCAGGAGAAUCUGGGACCAGUAGGGCUGCUGAAGAAGGAGAUCUCUAUUGAAACCAGUUUUGGUUUUCCAUCUCUGCCUGCUCUCCGUGUGUGCGUGCCUGUGCAUGCCCUCCCCACCUCCCUGCCCUGUGUCCCGCGGCAAAGGAGCCAUCCCUCUUGCAGUCCCAAGAGUGCUGGGAGCUCACAUUCCCGAGGGGACAGUAAGAAAGGUCUGGACAGCUGAGCUAGGCCAGCCCUGCCCUCUAGUGUCGUUGUCACAUCCAUGUGCUGGCUGUGUCAGAAGAGGGAUGAGACAGGGCUGUGGGAAAAGCUGCCUGUGAUCCUCUGGUGCAGAGGGAGGGCAGCUCUGCCUGCCUGCAGGGAGCCAGCAUGGCUCAGCUUCCUGCAGCCUUGUUGAACCAGCUUUUGUCUUCUUUAACAACCCCCAGAGAGGUUUUAUAGCUCUUCUCCUUUUUGUGAUCCAAACUGCUGUUCUGCUUCAGUAAUGUGCCUGCUUGAGAACACCACAGCUCGAGAUAAAGCCUGAGCCCUGACUAUCCCGCCCUAGAGAGAGGGGAUGUCUUUCCAGGCAGGAUAUCUGCAACUUGCAGUUGUGACUAAUACAGAGCUGGUCAAUGGCUUCUUUCCCAA